AUGUCUUCAAGGGAUAAUUCUAUGGAUAGAAUAAGGACAUCUUUUAGUUAUAAACUAGAUAUAGAUGAUUCCAAAGAUCUGGUCACUUCACCUGUAUACGACACUUAUAUGAAAUAUUCGUCAAGAACAAGUGUUAAUCAGCUUCCAUCAUUACCGCAUUCACAAACAUCAUUCCCAUCAUCACCACUUAGUGGGCAUAUGGAGAAUGCAGCAGAUGAUUCAGAUAAUGGUAAUACAUAUGUGGAAUUUGAUUUAAGUUCGUUGAGUCAAAAAAAUCGAACUAGUGAAUCGAUAAACAGAGUAACAGAAAGAGUUGUCACCACAUCAAGUCUAACAACACCAAUUAGUGAACAUAAUAAUGAAGACUAUUCAGGUUUGGAUGAUACUUUGAAUCAAGAUCAACAUACUAAAGAAAUUGUUCUAGAGAAACCAGAUGAUGAAGAUGAAGAUUUUUUUAGUUCAACAUCUAAUUGGAAAUCUAUGAAGACGAUAUCAGAUAUGGAUUAUUAUAAUGAAAAGGGGGAAUUGGAAUAUAGCUCUGAAACAGGUAAGAAUUUCUUGGGUAAUGCUAAAGAUAGUUUUGGAUAUACCAAAAUUGACACCGAAGAGCAAGUCAACAAAUAUGCCGCAUUAGAUAAGAAAACAGAUUUUUUGUUUCGAGCAAGAAAUCACAAACCUGAUAAAUUUGCCAAAUAUCAUACCGAUGAUAUUAAGAUUGAUGAUAAUGAUGAUUUAGAUAUAGAUGAAGAAGAUGACGAAAUUGAUUCCGGUGAAGCAUUAACAGAAACUAAGAAUAUGUUGACUGAUUCACAGAAAUUUGCAUAUAUCGGUAUUGCCAAAUUAUUGACUGUUGAUAUGGCUACUGAUUUGGCUAAAGUUCAAUUUGGUACAUCUAGUAAAAUAGCCAAGCAAUUAAGUGAAGGACAGAAAAAUUUUGCCAACUGGAUUCAGUACGUUAUGAGUAAGUUGUAUGAUCAUUUAAGUGUUGAAGGGGCAGAAAAGGAUAUGAUUGAAAAUCUUAGCAAACAUGGUGUUGAGGUUAUAGCAUUGUCUAAAAGUUUGAUGGAAGUGGGUCAAAAAGCUGUUCUCGAAUCCAAUAAAUCGUUGAUCGAUGAAGACUUUGAUUUGAGAUGGGUUAUUAUUUGUGACUUGUUUCUUAUGCUUUUAAGUGAUGGAUACUACGAUGCCAGAUCAAGAUCUUUACUUUUAAGAUUUGCAAGCAUAAUAGAUAUAUCUAAAUUGGAGGUGUACCAAUUCGAGAGAAGGUUAAUUGAAUGUUUAGAUAUGGAAACAACAGAAAAAUCUAUUGAAAACAAAGAUGAAAAAUUAAGUGAUCAACUGUUUAUUCAACAACAAAUCAAAAAGAACAAGAAAAAGCGUCUUGCAUAUAUUGGGUUAGCUACAUUGGCCGGAUCAUUGGCCAUGGGAUUAUCUAUGGGAUUGUUAGCACCGGUUAUUGGAGCAGGUAUUGCUGCUGGUUUCACCACCAUUGGUGUUGCAGGUACUGGUGGGUUCUUGGCUGGUGUUGGUGGUACAGCAUUGAUUACCACUACUGGUGUAGCAAUUGGUGCAAAAGUUGGUUCUAAAGCUGGAGCUCGAAGAGUUGGUGAUGUUCACACUUUUGAAUUCAAACCAUUGCACAAUAACAAGAGAACUAAUUUAAUUGUCACUAUAAGUGGAUGGAUGAAUGGUGAGAUGGAUGAUGUUAGACUUCCGUUUUCAACAGUUGAUCCGGUAAUGGGAGAUAUGUUUUCAUUACUCUGGGAACCAGAGAUGUUGCAGUCUAUGGGUCAAACUAUUGGUAUUUUGGCAAGUGAAGCGUUGAGUACUUCUAUUCAACAACUUUUGGGGGCAACUAUUUUAACUGCAUUGAUGUCAGCUAUUCAAAUACCUAUGGCAUUGUCAAAACUUUCCUAUUUAUUGGAUAAUCCAUGGAAUGUCUCAUUGGAUCGUGCUUGGAAGGCUGGUAAACUUCUAGCUGAAACGAUAGUAUCUGGAAAUUUAGGUGUUCGACCAAUUACAUUAGUUGGUUUCUCAUUAGGAGCAAGAUUGAUCUACUCGUGUUUGAUAGAAAUGGCUAGACGUGGAGUAUAUGGAUUAAUUGAAAAUGUUAUUAUCUUAGGUUCACCAAUUACUAUCAAUACUGAUCAAAUCGCAGAAGCUAGAUCAGUAGUUAGUGGAAGAUUUGUUAAUGGAUAUUCAAAGAAAGAUUGGAUUUUAGGAUACCUUUUCCGAGCCACAGGAGGUGGUUUACUGACAGUUGCUGGUUUGUCUCCGUUGAAAAAUAUUGAAGGGAUAGAGAAUAUUGAUUGUACAGAAUUCGUUGAAGGUCACAUGUCCUAUAGAAAAGCUAUCCCAAAGAUUAUGAAAAACAUAGGAUGGGAAGUUUUAAGUGAAGAGUUUGCUGAAAUUGAAGAGGCUGAUCCUGAACAAGGUGAGAGACAAAGACAAUUGGUUAAUGAGUUUGAUGAAGCAAGAGCAAAGAUGGAAAAGGAAAAACAAGAGAAUGUUCGACCUAAAGGUUGGAAAAAAUGGUUUACACCAAAGAAAAAGGAAUGGUGGGAUACUGUUGGAGGUGCUAACGAAUCUGAUAAAGACGAUAAAGGUGAGUAUAUAAUUGCAAAUGAGAAUACAACUAACCAAAGACAAGAUGUUUUUGAUGUCGAAGCAUUAGUUAAAGAAGUUAACGAAAUUGAACAUAUGGCUGGUGAAGAGAACAAGGCUAGCAAUAAAGACAAGACUAGCAAUAAAGACAAGACUAGCAGUAAAGACAAGACCAGCAAUGAUAAUGACAAAUUGUAA